AUGGAAGCCGUAUUCGCUAAGAUCGCGGAAGAGACCUCGAAAUUUGAACUUGGCGAUGAGGAGAAAUGGCGCAAAUUAUACGACCCUUUCUAUCCAAAGCCGCCGUCCAAUGUCACUGUCAUCCGCGACCAGCGAUACGGACCUGCCGAAAGAAACAUGCUAGACGUCUUCGUGCCAAAUGGAGAUGAUUUAGCAAAACCAGUCGUCAUGUAUGUACAUGGAGGAGGAUUCUUCUCCGGUGACAAAAUGUGGACUGAAAAGGUAUAUUCCAACAUCGGGUGGUUCUUCGCUCAACACGGCAUCAUCACAGUGGUGGUAAACCAUCGACUUGUCCCACAUGUGCAGUACCCUGGCGGGGCAGAUGACAUGCAAUUGGCGCGAGAAUGGAUCUAUAACCAUAUAUCAUCGGCAACAUAUGGUUAUGGCUCAGUUGAUAAGGUCGUAUUGUUCGGUCACUCUUCCGGCGGUGCGCACGUUGCAAUGAAUCUCUACUCUGCUAGUGACAUUGUAGGUGCUCCCAGCCGCCCACUUUUCCCUCCCGUGGCCGGAGUGAUCUAUCUCAGUGUGCCUUUCUGGUACGAUCGGAGAAAGCCGAUGCGGCAAAAGACGAUUCGAUCAUACUACGGUUCAGAUUCCGAGGAUGUCUGGGGGCCUAAGUCUGCACUAGGGUUAUUCCAAGCAUUGCCACAAAAUUCGCCAAUGAUAAAUUCACAGAAGAUCCCCGUUUACCUUGGAUCCGUUGAAUGGGAAGUAUCCGAGACAAUCGACGCUCACCUGAAGUUCUUUGACGCGUACCGAGCGAAGAGCAAGCCGCUGGGAACAUUGCCUCUAUUUCACGUGCUGAAAAGACACAAUCAUAUUAGCAAUGUUCUAUCAAUUGGCACUGAGGAUACCUCGCAGAGUGAUCCUUUGCUAGCCUUCAUUCAGACAUGUGUGAAUAAUCAGGGAUUUAGUUAG